UUUCCAACUAAACCAAAAAUUCUUGCUCACCGCUCGAAUAAAUGUGGUACAUUUAGUUCAAAUAAAAUCUUUAUUUUUAUAAAUAAUAAUGACUGACAACGAGACUCAAAAUGGUUCUAUUGGGGACCAGCCCCAAGAGAAGUCUGCUAAGCAGUUAAAGAAGGAGGCUGAAAAAGCAGCUAAGUUAGAAAAACUCAAAGCAAAAUUAGAGAAGAAAAGCGCUGCGCCAGCUGUACAAAAAGAUAAGCCAGACAAAAAGGUGAAAGAAACAAAAGAGAGUGCAGUAUACACGGCCAGUACAGCUCUGGGCGAGAAGAAAGACAUAGCGGGGCCCAUGCCCGAUGCAUACAGCCCUAAGUAUGUUGAGGCCGCUUGGUAUGCGUGGUGGGAGAAACAGGGCUUCUUCAAACCAGAGUAUGGGCGGAAGUCCAUUUUGGAUCCGAACCCGAAAGGCAAGUUUGUGAUGGUGAUCCCGCCUCCAAAUGUGACCGGGUCUCUACAUUUGGGGCAUGCCCUCACAAAUGCUGUGGAAGAUGCGAUAACGAGAUGGCACAGAAUGAACGGACGCACGACCCUCUGGAACCCAGGGUGCGACCACGCCGGCAUCGCCACUCAAGUGGUGGUGGAGAAGAAGCUAUGGCGGGAGGAGAAGAAGACCAGACACCAGCUCGGCAGAGAGGAGUUCGUUAAGCGCGUGUGGGACUGGAAAAAUGAGAAAGGUGACAGAAUAUAUGAACAGCUCCGUUCUCUCGGCUCCUCGUUCGACUGGUCCCGGGUUCGAUUCACGAUGGACCCUUCUAUGUGCCGGGCUGUGAACGAAGCGUUCAUUAGACUUCACGACAGUGGCGACAUCUAUCGCGCCAACCGGCUGGUGAACUGGUCGUGUACUCUGAAGAGCGCGAUAUCAGAUAUCGAAGUGGACAAGAUGGAGCUCACUGGACGGACCAUGUUGGAGAUACCCGGCUAUCAGCAAAAGGUGGAGUUCGGAGUGCUGGUGAUGUUUGCGUACAAAGUGGACGGGUCAGACGAAGAAGUAGUGGUCGCUACCACUCGAGUUGAGACCAUGCUGGGGGACGUGGCCGUAGCUGUACAUCCUAAUGAUGAAAGGUACAAACAUUUGAUCGGCAAACAUUUGGUGCAUCCGUACUGCAAGAGGAAAUUGCAGAUCAUUGCUGAUGAUUACGUUGACAUGACAUUCGGGACAGGUGCCGUGAAAAUAACUCCCGCGCACGAUCCCAACGAUUACGAGAUCGGCAAACGUCAUAAUCUACCGUUCAUCACCAUCUUUGAUGAUGAAGGAAAAAUGCUGGACAACUGCGGGCAGUUUUCCGGCAUGAAACGUUUCGACGUUCGCAGCGGGAUUAUAAAGUCCUUGGAACAGCUGAAGCUGUACCGGGGGACGAAGGAGAACCCCAUGGUGGUACCGCUCUGCAGCAGGUCCAAGGACGUGGUGGAACCCAUGCUCAAACCACAGUGGUACAUUAAAUGUGACAAAAUGGCCGCCGAUGCAAUAAAAGCUGUUAAGACGGGCGAACUGAAAAUCAUACCGGACGUCCACGAGAAGGUCUGGUACCAUUGGAUGGAGAACAUUCGCGACUGGUGCAUCUCCAGACAACUGUGGUGGGGGCACAGGAUUCCAGCCUAUAGGGUCACUUUACCGGAAAAGAAUACAGAAGAAUUAUGGGUCUCCGCUCACUCAGAUGAAGAAGCCUUGUCCAAAGCGUCUUCGAAGUAUAAUACACCAGAAGACCAAAUCAAGUUGGCCAGAGAUGAAGACGUGCUAGAUACCUGGUUCUCAUCUGGUCUAUUCCCGUUCUCUAUAUUCGGUUGGCCGGAUCAGACUGAAGAUUUAAAGGCAUUCUACCCAGGCACGUUGUUGGAGACGGGUCACGAUAUCCUGUUCUUCUGGGUUGCAAGGAUGGUGUUCUUCGGCCAGAGAUUGUUGGGAAAAUUGCCGUUUAAGGAAGUUUACCUCCACCCCAUGGUGCGGGACGCUCACGGCCGCAAGAUGUCCAAAUCCCUGGGGAACGUCAUCGACCCCGUCGACGUGGUCAGGGGGGUCACGCUGGAACAACUCCACGGGCAACUCAAACAGUCCAACUUGGACCCCAGGGAGGAGGAGAAGGCGCGCCAGGGUCAGAAACAGGACUACCCGAAUGGGAUACCUGAGUGUGGUACCGAUGCGCUAAGGUUCGCGUUAUGCGCUAUGACCCAAGGUCGAGACUUGAACCUGGACAUUCUCCGCGUGCAAGGUUACCGUUUCUUCUGCAACAAGCUGUGGAACGCUACGAAAUUCGCGCUCAUGUACUUCCCCAGGGACACCAGUUAUCAGGUCCACUCACCGACGCUGCCGUCGAGUCUGACCCCCAUGGACCGGUGGAUGUUGUCGCGGCUCUCGCUCGCGGUCAACAAGGUCAACGCCGGGUUCGAAUCCUACGACUUCCCGUCGGCCACCACGCACUGUUACAAUCUUUGGUUGUAUGACUUGUGCGAUGUUUAUUUGGAGUACCUCAAACCGGUAUUCGCAUCCGGCACGGAGGACCAGAAAUCUGCGGCCAGGCGCACGCUAUACACGACGCUGGAGUACGGACUGAAAUUACUGAGUCCGUUCAUGCCUUUCAUAACUGAGGAGUUGUACCAACGACUGCCGAGCGAGAGGAGAGAUAGUCCGUCUAUAUGUGUUGCCAGUUAUCCUACGGACACAGAGACACCAUGGCGUUCCGAAGACCUGGAAUCAUCCGUAGACACAGUCCUCAAAAUGGUACAUUUGAUCCGUUCCACUCGGUCGGAAUACAACAUCACGAACAAACAAAAAACGACCGCACAUCUCAUUAUAACGGACACGAGAAAAGAGGAACUGAAGAAUUUAUUCAGGAGUCUCCAAUCGUUGGCUAACAGCGAGUUGUCAGAUGAAGAGCCUCCGUCUGGCUGCUCGAUCCUCACCGUGUCCGACAAGAUUGAAGUGCGGCUGGUUUUGAAGGGUCUCAUCGACCCCCAAAAAGAGAUUACAAAACUGGAGAAGAAGAAAGAAUCCCUCUCACAAACAAUCGGCAAGUUAGAACAGGCGAUAGCAGCAGACGACUACACCGCUAAAGUGCCGGUAGACGUGCAAAAGAACAAUACUGAGAAAUUGGCGCAGUCGUUAGGAGAAAUUGAUAGGCUCGAAGCUGCGAUUCAGACCUUGAAGUUGAUGUAAAGUUAUGUAUUAGAUGUUGUUGUUUUAAAGUUGUAAAUAUAUUGAUUAUUUACUCA